UCGGCGCGAGGCUACCCGUGGCCCCCGAAAUCGAACGGCGACGCCGAAAUUCGACGGUCCUAUUUUUCGCCGCGGAACGAUUUCGUUUCAAACGUAGGGCGCGGCUUGUUUACAACGCACACUUACAGCGAGGCGGCGUUGGGAUUGGUCAAGAACUACCUGCAAUGCGUCAAGCAGGCGGCGGAUCGAGUGACCGCACGCGGCGCGAAAACGUCGUAGUAUGCUGUGGGAUGCCGACCGUCGCGACGCCGUCGCCGUCGUUUUGCUGGCGUCGUGCGGGUGCGGCAACGGCACCACGAGACAUGCGUUCUUAACGCGCUCCGAAUUAUGGCGUUUUAUUUCCCGCAAGAGGUGUGUGCGUUUUAACGACCGAUUUUUUUUCGGUCCGUUUCCGGCACCUCGUAAGUUAAAAAUGAAAUCGGAAACGUGGCAUUCGUAAAAUAUAAUACAGGUUUCAAACUCCAUUGAUAAUGCCUCGCUAGAUGUAAUGUAAUGCUCUCACAGGCAAAAUAUGCAACGAGAUUCGAUUGUUCUCGAUCCAAAAAGUACGAUGACGUCUCGAUCCUCUUGGCGGGCGAAGAAGUAGGCACGGACCGCGUAUUAUCUUCAGACCACCGGAUCGCCCGCCGCAAACGUCAAAUCAAUCGGUGGUCUGUGACUCUGUUGGCGUGUUUGAUUUCUUAAUCUUUACGUGUUGUUUCUGUUGUGUGUUUUGGUUAUUAUCGGGCCGUAUCAUCGCGAUAAUUCGAUAUCGAGAGAAACGACAAGAUGGAUCCGUCGUAACGGCUAUGAUAUCCGACCGUCGUGUUGUUAUAGUAACGGCUGUAAAUUUUAAAGGCCAACCGAACCCAGCGCGUCGAAAAUGUCGAAGUAUGCCGUCGUCGCGGACGAUGAGACGUUCGAUUCGCAAUACCCCACGCUGCGUUACGUGGACGCUAACGAUUCUGACCUGACGGACACGAUCGACGAGAGCUACGCGACCGCCAUCGAAGGCAACGAGACGCAGUACCUGUCGGUGCUCGAGACGUCCGACGACAUGACUCUCAACGAUCUGCAGACGAUUAUAGAGCGGGCCAAGUGCGCGGAGGAUCACGACGUUGCGACAGCGACGGAAAGCUCACCCGUCGAGGCCGACGUCGACCAAAACCAAGUAGUCGUCUUCACCAUGGAGGGCUCGGACGACUUGUACGGGCUCCAGGUGGCGACGGACGACCACGGCAACGUCAGGAAGUAUCAAUUCAAGCUCGGCACCACAGUGGACGGACAACUGGAGGCGAUACCAGACUCUAUAAAAUUAGUAGAGGAGGUGCAGGACGAGGCUAAGGCGCCCACGGAGUUCGUUAAAUGUCGCAGUCUCGUACCAGAACAACAUCUCGAGCUCUGUGAGGAAGACGGGUUCGAGGAGGUGCGAGACGAGGCGGUCGAGCCCCCGGGACACUCCGAGGACUCCUUAUUAGCGGUCUACAUUAAAGGCGAGAGGCGGUCGCCGACGCCCGUCGACACCCCCGAUUUUUUCGGCGACUUCGGGGACAGCGGGGACGCGGAAGUGACCUUGAACUACGACGCCGGCCCCGUCGACGACGUGUUAGACGAGAAGGCGGCGCCUAAGAGUGGCGGAGGAGGCGGCGUCGCGGAUUUUUCAGAAAAACUCGCGAUACCGGAGGCGGCGGACGCAGACCACGCCCACCUGGCGAUCGAUGACGCGGCGAUGCGGUACAUAAACGUCACCGUCGGCGACGACGACGACGAGGACGUCGUCGACGAGCAGCAGUACGUCGACGGCGACCACUACGAAGAGAUCUACGUGCAGGAGAACCGGAUUAGGGAGGCGGGGGACCACCUCCGCCAUCCCCACCAUCGAAUCGGCGACGAAGGCGGCGGCGCCGGGGUCGACCAGGCGGCAGUGGCAUCAGAUUUCAUCCUGCACGAGGUGACGGAGACGCCGUCCGCGUUGGAAAAGACCAACAUCUUGAAACGGGCGGGCGCGUGCGCCGUCAAAGAGACGCGCACGCGCAGAAUGAACUCGGACACGGUCUAUUACGUGGUCUAUCCGGACAAGGAGAACGUGCAGGGGGCCCCGAUCGCCCGCAAACUGACCAAAACGAAUCCGCGGAGCAUCUUAAAGGCGACGGUGGCGCCCCGCAUGCAAACCGUCAUCACUAACACGGUCCCCGCCGGCGACGAGCGCUUCCAGAAGCGGUUCGCCAAGAGCAAGGAGGCGGUCGAAGCGAAACUGUUUCACAAUUUCAUCAACAGGACUACGGUGCCGCAGGCGCCGGUCCGCAGGGACCGUUUGCCGCGCAAGCAGAAGAUCAGGCCGGUCGGGAGGCGGGACGAUGACGACGAGAUCAUCGUCCAGGAGGUGGUGCUGUCGUCGGACGGCGUAGUCGAGAGCAUCGCGGACAAGCUGCGGCACACCGACCAGCUGGAGGUAACCGCGGUCGUCGAGCUGACUGAUUCGGAAGACGAGGGCGCCGCCCAGACCCACGUGAUAAACAGCGACGGCGAGUCGGAGGCGGAGGACCGCGUGGACGCAGGUUUGGCGCCCGUGCCCGAGGAGCCGGAAGGGUCGGCGACGACGCGUCCCGGCGACAAGGAAGAGAUCGCGUGUCCCAACUGUCCGAAAACGUUCGCGAGCCAGAACAGCCUCAACACACACAUCCACCAUCACAACUUGGAAGACACUUUGAAGAAGAAAAAGAGGCGAAAGACGAAGCCGCCACCGAUGGAGUACAAGCACAGGUGCGACGUUUGCGAGCAAACGUUCAAGAACGUCGUGCUGUUGGGUAGACACGCGUGUCCCAAGGAAAAGGCGGAGAAGCGCGAGUGCGAGAUAUGUCGUAAAACCUUUAGGGACGUUUCGCUGUUCAACAUACACAAACGGGGCCACGCGAAAUCGAAUUUAGUGCGCAUGACGACGGGCGUGGUCAACGCGUCGCCGAAAAAAAGCAGAGCGUCCGUGUCGGGGUGUUUGACGUGCGCAGAAUGCGGCAGGUUGUGCGGUUCGGAUGCGGUGUUGAAAAUCCAUCAGGGUACGCAUAAAAAGUACGCGUGUACUGCGUGCGCGGCGACCUUUCCAUCGAGGUUGCUGCUCGACGCGCACAAGAGGACGAGGUGCGUGAAACCGAGGUCCCCAGCGACGCCGAAGAUGGCCAAGUCGUCGUCCGAGACGUCGUUCCGGGCGCCCAUCCACGGGGUCAAGUUGGCCUGCGACCAGUGCGACUCGUUGUUCGGGUCGUACCGAGAGUUGUACACCCACAAGGUGCAACGUCACGGCAUGGACACACCGGACAAGAGUCUGCUCGCCAAGAAAUCGAAAAGAGUCUCGUAUAAAGCCAGGAGCGCGCAUAGCGGCAUCCCGACCAACGACAGGAUGAAAAAGGCGUACGCCGAGCUGAGAAAAAAGAUGGCGGAAAUGGCGUCGGAGAGCCAGGUUUGCUGAGGUUUUUUUUUUUCUCUUUAAUUUGUGUGUUUUAUAAAAAAAAAACUUUUAAUCGUGGAGAGGAGGUGACGUAAAAACCCAGUUUUGUUUUUAUUCGACCUGUAUAUAGGUAAAUGAACAUAUUUAGUGUUGUACAUUUAAGGCUUUUAGUUUUUUGUAUGUAAAAAAGAGAAU